AUGUCUUCAACAUGGAUCAAAUUUCUUUUUCUUCUGACUUUGGUACUUCUUAAUUUUGGUGUGCAUGUGUUCACAUAUGCCAUGUUGAAGUCAGAGAACUACUUUUAUGACUUGCCAAAUUGCUCUCAGUAUACGAAUAUGAAAAACUGCAGCAAAGCCCUGAAACCAAUUUGCGCAGAUGAUCGAAUCUCCUAUUAUAAUGACUGUCACUUCUGCAUAGAAAAACAAAAGAAAAAACUUAAAUAUAGAUAUCAUGGUAUUUGUACUUAAAAAUAAUGGUUUCAUGAUGGUUCACACAAUCAAGUAGAAUGUUCUCAACCAGGGCCUUAAAUUCCUAAUCAACAAAUGAAGUCGUCUAUGAUUCAUAAUGUGGAAAAGAGAAGACUGAAGAAUCUUUCCAAUGUCAACUUGAGAUUGAAUGAUUUUAUUUUCAGUGAUUUGAUGGUGAUAUGAAUACCUACUUUCUUAAUUUUUGUCUUACAUUACAUAAACUGUGAGUUUUAAUCAUAUAUGUUCUAAUAAAUAAAUAAAAUGUUUGAU